CUGCGGCGGUGCCGGGCGGGGCUGCGCUCCGGGCUGGGGCGGCCGUGCUUCGCCUGUUCCGUGCUCCAGUGAGCCCUCUUAGAAAGGCUGUGCGCGCUCGGCUCGUGGUCUGCGUGUGCGCCCGUCCGUGGGUGAAGUUCGGGUGUCGGAGCUACGCUGGAGUCUCCCGUUGAAGCAGAUGGCAUCCAGGCAGGCGUCGGGUAUCCCUGGGCUGGCUCCAACUGAUGACAAAGAUGGCAACCUGCCAGACAUCAUUGCCAGCAGAAGUUUGCAUGAGUUCUUGGUGAACCUUCACGAGAAAUAUGGCCCGCUGGUCUCCUUCUGGUUUGGAAGGCGCCUUGUUGUCAGCCUUGGCUCCAUUGAUCUCCUGAAGCAACAUGUGAACCCCAACCGGUCAUCUGAUCCCUUUGAGAUGAUGUUGAAAUCCUUCUUGAGGUACCAGUCCAGCCUGAAUGGGGAUACAGGGGAAAGCCACCUGAGAAGAAAGCUGUAUGAAAGUGCUGUGACAAAGUCCUUGCAAAGUAACUUAGCUCUCAUCCAGAAGUUGUCAGAAGAAUUGCUAGCCAAAUGGCUCUCCCUCCCUGAGGCUCAACAUGUACCACUCUGCCAGCAUAUGCUGGGCUUUGCCAUGAAGUCUGUUACACAGACAGCUAUGGGCAGCAGCUUUGAAGAUGACCAGGAAGUCAUUCGAUUCCGCAGGCACCAUGAUGCAAUCUGGUCAGAGAUUGGGAAAGGUUUCUUGGAUGGGUCCCUUGACAAAAACACAACUAGGAAGAAACUGUAUGAAGAUGCUCUGAAAGAGAUGGAAUCUACAUUAAGGAAAGUCAUAAAGGAACGCCGAGGCAGAUCAUUCAACAGGCAUGUCUUUAUAGAUACCUUGCUACAGGGGAACCUUAGUGACCAGCAGAUUUUGGAAGAUACGAUGAUUUUCUCCUUGGCAGGAUGCAUUAUUACUGCUAACUUGUGUACCUGGGCAGUCUAUUUCCUGACAACAUCAGAAGAUGUACAGCAAAAUCUCUGCAAGGAGGUGGACCAAGUUCUGGGGAAGGGACCAAUUACACAUGAGAAAAUCGAGCAACUCAGAUACUGUCGGCAAGUCCUGUGCGAGACAGUGCGGACAGCAAAGCUCACUCCCAUUGCUGCACAGCUGCAGGAGCUGGAAGGCAGAGUCGACCAACAUACUGUCCCCAAAGAGACACUUGUACUUUAUGCUCUUGGUGUGAUGUUGCAGGAUAGUUCAUCUUGGCCGUCACCAUACAAAUUUGACCCAGAGAGAUUCAACGAGGAUUCAGCCAUGACAAACCUCUCCUUGUUGGGUUUUUCAGGAAGCCAGGAGUGCCCGGAGUUGAGGUUUGCCUAUAUGGUGGCUACAGUUCUGUUGAGUGUCCUGGUAAGAAAACUGUACCUUCACCCAGUUAAAGGACAAGUCAUGGAGACCAAAUAUGAGCUGGUAACCUCACCGAAGGAGGAAGCCUGGAUAACGGUGUCUAAGAGAAGCUAAGAACGAGUGAAACAAGGGUCUGAAAGUGCCAGCAGUGAAGUUCUGGGCAAGUGUCUUAGAGGGAGUCACGCUGGCAAAACAAUGACUCAGCCAAGGAAUUUUAAAUGCAGAUUUUGUUACCUUCCACAUUAUUAACUGCAUAGCCUUCUAGGGUAAUUUUUUCUAAUUCAAGCAAUAGUUGUAUUAAAGUAGAUGUAAUCUGUAUGCUUUUUUACACUUUUUGCCCAAUGGAUUGCAAAGGAAGCAACAAAACCAAGAAGUGGUGUAUCUAUGAACUGUUCUGUGCCAGCUAAUCAAAGACUGGGCCUCUGGUUAGUCCAGCCCUUUCCUAACAGCAAGCAGAUCUGGGUAAGAGACUGUGCCACAGGGCAUGCUUCUUCAUGGAUCGCAAGUAGAUAAGACCUUGAAGGCACAAGGACAAAGUCUUUCUCUAUAUAUAGGUAUUUUUAUUCAAAGUAUCUUUCCUUCCCUUGAGCUGUGACUAUAACUGUCAAGAAGAGCAGAUACAUCUUGUGGGAAGUAUGCAUGAGUGUGUGUGAGAGAAAAAGAAAGUGGGGUGGGAAUUGCACCAUCGGGUCUUAUGCUACAUAUGUAAUCUUCCUGUGCUGUAGGAUUGCAAGAGGAUGGAUGGCUGAAAAAUGCUAGUAAAUGAGGAGGAAUAAAAUUGGUUUGGCCUGUGAGAAAGCAGAAGCAUUAGUAAUAACAUAAUGAAAUGAAAUAAAACCACAGAACAAAGCCCUGGGAAAGGGAUUCUCCAUCCUGACAGUUCGGAGAGCAGUGUCUAAUCUAAUCAGCAUCAGAAAUUGAUGACAGGUGCUUGCAAUUCAUUCAUCACUCGGUCAGCAAUGAGAUUGGUCAUGCAAGUACUGGAAAGGGAGAGUGCUGAUUUUAUAAGGCUCUGAAUUAAUGUUGUGCUUAAUAAGUUAAAAGCCUUUCAAAGAACCUUCCUCCUCCUCCAGAGCAAGUGCCAGCCAAAGCAGCAUCACAUGCCACUCGUUCACGUGCUUUUCCCUUUCACGUGCUUCUUUCUUUCUCUCCUGGCUGCAAUAGGCCAGUCCUUGACAGAUUUUUGAGCACCCUGCUGAAUAGCUUGCAAGGCAGGAACCUCUUACCCCUUUAUCUCAGUAUAUUGCCAUCUGACCUAUUCAGGUCAUGUUUUUUCUACUUCCCAUUUUAUAUACGAUCACCCUUUAUCUGAUCUUGAUCUUUUCUCUGUAAAUGUAACUUCUUUGUUAGCACCCUCCCCAUUCAAAUGCUGUGUUGUGUAGGUGAAUUGUUACUCAGCCUGCAGCUGUGUAUGCCUGAGCUGUUUUGCACACAGCUACUGAUGCACCCCACAGGGAGGUUCAGGGAUAUGUAGCAUCCAUUAGAGCUGCUUUCUAUUGCCUAAGCAAACCAGAGACACUUUACAUAGGGACAGGUAUGUUUUAUUUAUCUGGGAAUUUGCAAUUCCCAACUGCAGACACUGUUUCUUUCUCUGGCUCUUCCAGGUCAGGAAAUCAGCUGCUCUUACAAAAAUGUUUUGGCUGUUGGAUUCCUGCCAAGUGCUUUUCUGAAUGCAGUUCUGUCUGCUCUUGAAGGGUUAACAUUUGGUGCCAGCCUCUGUGGGCACCAGACAAAGAAAAUUCUGCUUUUGGGUUUAAUAUGUCAGCUCUGCUUUUGGUGGAGCCAUGGAGAUUCAGAUUCUCCCCCCGCGGUGCAGCGUGUGUUGAGGGAACAGUAGGACAGAGAUGCUGUUCUGCUGGUUUUUGUCUGUUGAGCAGAAAAAGGAGGGUUGUGCAGUUCAUCUUGCUGCCUGUCUUGCAUUGAUUUUUAUAAUGAACUGCAAGAAAGUUCCUGCUAAUCUGACCUCCAUUUAACUGAAGGUUGGUCAUGUCCCCAGAUGGCAAUUCAUGUUAGCCUUUGCUUCACUGCUUAUGCAAAAAUGCCUACUUUUCUUGAAGGUUGCAGAUGUUUUUUAAGCCUUGUGGAGAAAUCUGCGUGAUAAAGGAUUUUACUUUAAAGCAUCCCUAGUGUACAGAGGAAGCAAAAUGGAGAGGAAAAUAAUGGUAGAAUAGCACUGCCUUGCUAAGAACCAGACUAGAAAUAGCUGACUUGGUCACAUAAUUGAGUGGCUAAGAUCUACUUUUGUAGAGCCAUCUGGUAGGAAUGAAGCUUUCAGACACCAGAAAAGCUUCCCAGGAGUGAUUGUUCACACUUCUCUUAACAGUAUUUCUCUGCCUUUCUGGAGCUAUAUGGGCCGAGUGCCUUGCAGCAGUUGCAGGAAUAAAAGAGAAUAAUUCCAUAUAAUUUGUUACGAAUUUUCAGUCUGUACAGUUAUUGCAUCCUAAAAGACAGUACUCAGUCUGGGCCAUGUUACCAAACAUGCUACAGGAGUCUGUGGCUGACAGGAGAGAAGAACAUGGCCCAAAAUGGUGGACAAGGCCGAUGAUCAGUUUGUGUUUGCUCAAAACUGCUGCAGUCAAGAAAAGGCCCUGACUCAUCAUUUCAGGUUACAUUUUGAGCUUUGGGAGGAAGGAGAGAAGUGAGCAUCUAUCAGACGUUCCUUAUUCAUUGCUCAGAGUGACACCAAGGACAUGGCCAUAUUGUUUGCUGCAGUCUGUAAGUUUCCGUUCCACUCUUUGUGACAAUUGUUUCCAACAGCCUAACUAUCAAGAUAAAAUGCACUGCUGGUCAGCCAAACUGUAGCUCCUUCUAUUGCACAACAAAGACCCUUCUUGCUAUGGGAACGUUCAUGGAUCAGAUCUUUCUUAUGGGCUUUUAGUAUGUUCCAGCUGGAAGCUUGAAAUAUCGGUUUUGUUCCGUUUCUCCCCUCACCCCUUGUCUCAUGUCAAGUGGUACUUUUUUGGCCUCCUUUUCUAAGGAAGGUGUAGUCAGAUUUGCCUUUCACCCCACUUACGUCUGACCAUUUUCUCCCUUUGUCCUCCUCCUACAAGAAGUAACUUCCAAGCCUUUGGAUCAAAUUAGCUGCAUUUGUCAGGAAUCAGGGUUUGAAAUCUCAACAGAAAUUUAUAAUGUGUAUACAUAUAUACAGGGGACUUUUGCUUUUAAUACUUCAUAUCCCUACACCAGAAAGCUACGUCACAAUUUCUUCUGGGUGGUUUUGAAGAGCAUACAGCAAAGCUGUUAUUUCAUUCCUUGGACUAUUACUGCAGAAUAAGCUUUAACAGAAGGCUGCAAAUUAAUGGAAGGCAAGAGGCUAAAUAUAUCUCAGUGCCUGUGCAACCUGCUGCUAUCAGAAGUAGGCAGCCAGCACGGGUGCUGAGAGCUGUCAGGCCAUUGCAAAUUGACUCUCAUUGUGGCUAACAAAGGUUUGUUAGCCUCAUCUUGGUGGCAACUGGUUAAACAGUUAACAUAACUUUGUGGAGUAGACAGCUUGUUGAGCUAGCUUCCCACUGUCUCCAAAAUAACCAUGAGUGGCGUUACAUCUAGGUUUUAAUUAACCUGGACUGCGUGUAGAGCAGUCCUUUUCCCAGCAGUUUAAGGACUUGCUGAUAAUGGCAGUGGCAUGCAGUGUAGGGCUGAGGGCUGUACGUUUUAUUUUCUGCCAUUAAAUGGAAAGAGUGGUCUUUGCAACUUCUGUCCUGUUUGCUGCAAAUGUAAGUGUUCUUGGUGGACAGAGUGGACAUUUGCCGAUUUAAACUACCUUGAGGCUGCUCUUUUGCCAGCUCCCCCAUUAGCCAAUUACAUGAACCAGGAGAUGCUGGCAAUGCAAAAAUGGGGAAACUGCAUAUUUAUCUCACUGCAUAGUUCAUUCAUCAACAUUUUGGUACUACUUGUUACAGUACACAGUUACUUAGUGUUGCCAUCCUACUAUCUCAGGUGCUGUGCACAUUCUCACUGAAAAAAAGAGGUCUCCUGUUUCACUAGGGCCAUGGCUGAACUUCCCAAAAUUUCUACUCUUGCUAUGGGAAGGGCCUCCUGCCAGGCACCCUUGGAUAUGGAUGUGUCCUGGUCAGCAGAGUGAAGUCUGCAGAUUACUGGCUUACUUCAUGUGCUUGAAUCCCUUUGUAGGGCAAAUGGAAGUGGAUAGAGCAGUACUUUCAUGAAAGUACUUAGAGCAUACAGGACUUCACCCAUUUCCAUACCAAUUUUAUCAAGAGUGAGAGGAAAGGAGAAAAAAGAUUUGUAAAGAGAACAGAGAUGUUCAUCACCAGUGGGUCAUGCCACCAGGAAGCGGAACUGCUGUAGUUACCGUGGCAGCUCGUUGCUACUUUCCUCUUGUCCAAAGCAGAAAUUGCUGGAAAAUAUUACUGCCACCUUUUUCUGUAGCAUGAGAAUGUGCACCCACUUUGGCAUCUCUCUCUAGUUGAGCUCAGGACUGUUUUUUAGCAAACAGUCAUCAACUAAACAAAAGGCCUGUUUGACAUCUCUUAAGAUUCAGUGCCAGGUUUUUGGUGGUAGCAGACGGAGAAGAGGAACUGCCACACACGGGGGAAAAAAAAGAUGAAAAUGUUUCUCACAUAUGGAGGGUGGGGAAGGAGAGAAGAUAAGGGUUUCCAUGGCAACAUUCCUUGAAGAUAAGUAUUUUUAAAUGUGUGUGAAUUUUAGCAUUCAAAACACAGUUGAGUUUCCCACAAAAAGAUUUGGAGGAGGGUGGAACGUAAAGAAUCUUUUCCAGUAUUUUUCAGGUCAUUCCUUCUUUUACAGAGGAGCCUGAUCCCAAGAUAAAUGAAGUAUAUGCAAUUGCUCUGUGUUAAUGCUCCUGUUAAAGAAAAGUCUUUCCAAGAGGUGAGAAGUAUUGGUCAAAGUUCUGUAUUUGCACUGGCAACUCAUCACUGGCCCAAGCAUUUGAUCAUCUCUUUAAUAGGAAAAGUAAUUCAAUUAGAUCAGUGCUAGGCCAGUAAGAAGCCACAAGGACAAAUUCCAGGUUAAAUCCAGUGUAAUUCAGAGCAUGAUCUACAUAGAUGACUCUCAGCUCAGUGAUAGCAAUGAUAGGGUGACAGAGGUCUUAGCCAAAGACGAAGAGAUGUAGUAGAACUGAAUGCAGAGGAGCCAGACACAGUGUGUCCCUGGUGAGUGCCUUGUCUGCAGCAGUGACAGUGAAACAUCACUGCAGGUAAGCAGCGGAUGUUCCCGUGACGCCAUUAGGCAAGACAUGUCUGCGCUGUUUAUUGAGUAUCAAUGCUGGGGCUGCCCCUUGAAGCUUUUCUUCUUCCAUCUCCAUAUUGUUGAGCUGCUUGUGGGCACUGGCAUGCUGUGCUCCCACCUCCCUGCUAACAGCCAGGCAGGUCAGCUCUGUCACAAGCCUGGCAGUGAGACAGAGCCGGUGCUUUGCCUGCUUGGCUGCCAACUUUCUCAUCUCACCAAAAAAGGCUUUUUUUUUUUUUUUUUUUUUUUAACAGUCACUUCCAACUCAGUAAUGACUCAGACACUGCAGCAAGGGUAAAAUGAUCAUCUUCCCUUUCAGACUUUUACGGCAAAAGGCCCUGGGUGGCCUCUCUGAAAAGCCAGAGCUUGCUGGGCAUAGCUGUUGGCUGGAUUCAGUUCUUUAAUUUAGCGGAUCGAACUGAUGCUCUACAGUGCUAUGUAUCUGCUGGCUCAGGGUCUGUGCUUCAGCAGUAGACUAAAUGAUUCCUACAAACUAUUUGUGUUCAGUAGUCUUGGGGAAGGGUGGCUGGGUGGGGAGGAAUAGUUGCACAUAAAGAGAGGGUGCUGUUAGCUUCUCAGGCUCUGUCCCAAUAUCUCUGGGCCAUGAAUCGAGGAAACAACAUAUUUGGGCACUUAUUUUUUGAGGUGAGUGAGGGGAAGCAAAUAAGAAUGACUGAAAAAGCAAAGUUCAUAUUGUCAGACUGUGGAAAUCAGCACCUCAUAGUAUUGUUUUAUUUUGGCUGAGAUCUUGAUACAGAAUAAACUCAGAUCUAGGUAAGACAACUUAUCAACAUCCUUACAUCUUCAUUGAUAAAGCCUAAAAAAAACAGCAUGGAAAAAUCUGAAUUUUAUCACUCUUGGAUUCUCUAUUGGAAUUCAGUGCUAUCAGGUCAAUUAUUUUUCUUUUUGGAACGAACAUUUGUGCCCUGAUGUCAGCACUAACAUGACGAUGCAUUUGUAGUUUCUUGGACUGAAAAGCAACUGACUUGCUGACGCAGGACUUGUUAACUACAAGUUAUUGACUAAAUAUAUCGUGUUUAUUCCUUUGCUUUAGUUAAGGCUGCUGUACCUUUUGUGCUACACACUGGUGCUCUUGUUCCACGCGUUUGCCUUACAGCUGAACCCUGGAAGAUGCAGGAACUCUGGAAUAUUUAAAUAACAGAAGUGCAGCAACUUCAGUCCCUGCUCGGCAACCUUCAGCAUCCAGUGUGUCACAAGCUGACUCUUACUCAUCCUCGAGUGCUUGUAAGUUAGCCUAUUACAAAAAUGGGUUUCAGGACACCAUGGGCAGUAGAUGGCUGUAAAUGGAUUGCUGCUGUGCCAGGGAGCAGUUCUCUUGUUGCACCACUUGUGAAUGUCCACACAUAGCUCUAAGCCCCACAAAUAGAGUUUCUAGGCCAAAAAGCCCUUCCUUCAGGCAGGCUGUCUGCUUUGCUUGGGGAGAAAGGUUGUUUGUUGCCUGCUGUGUGGCAGAUUAGCUUCUGACCACGUCCUGGCUCUGAUGUGGUUGUCCUGCUUUUACAAGCUCUUCCAGGAGUUUGAAUGGAAGAAAGGUGCCUUGAGAGAAGAAUGAAGCAUGUGAGUUAAUGGGAGCUGACAGGGAUGCCUGCAAGAAUACACCAUUGUGUAUUGUCAAAAAGCAGCUGAACCAAUGGUGAGCAGGGUAUUUGCUAACAGAAAGUGUUUGGAGCACUUAGCAUUUCCACCAUGCAGAAUUCAUAUUAAAUUUGUGGGAGUCUGCACCUUGAUUUUGUGGUAUUCUUGUAAAAGGAAGGAGCAGACUCACUGCUUGCUAUCAGUCUGCUCUAAAUUAACCUCAGGCGUGGGCCUGUGCCUGCAAACCUUUGUAUGACUGUGACUGCUAUUUAUGCUGUGUGAUUGCACUGAGUGGCACUGACUAUUCAUAUGUCAGCCUAGCAUAUAACUGUGACUUUUACACAUCAAGUUUUUGAAAUUGUUUAGGUGUUUGAAUUUUGAAUACCCCACUAAGCACCUACCUGGCUAAGUGCCUAGAAGUCUCUGCAAAUCCAGUAAAGCAACAAUGCAAAGAAAAAGGAAAUGAUAUAUAGUGGUUGCUGGAUCAGGCCUCUGGUUUGAUAUCCCAAUAGCUGCAUAGCAGCAAUAGCUAGCUAGGGCUUAUUGCUGUAUAUGCCAUAGUUUAUAGCGAACCUCUUUUGUGCUUAAGGAAGUUUGAUGGUGACUUCUGCACAGUAAAGGUAAAAAUACUGCAAACCUAUAUCCUGCAUUAGCCUUUAUGUAUUUUACAGCUGUACCGUUCUGGUGUGGUAAACUGAGCUGAGCAAUCACAUUUUCUCAAUUACCCUCAAGAACUGGAAAUCCUUAUCACCUCCCUGUUUCUUUCUCCCACUACUGCGCUGGUCUCGAAAUUGUCAUCACAGCUAAAAAUCCUCAUUCUGUAAAUUAAACCGUGACUUAAAAAAAAAAAAAGGUAACUGCAGCUUCCUCAUAAAACUCCACCAAGUCUUUUGCUGAUGUGACUCACACAAUUACUCAUGUGGAUAGAAGUUCUGAUAAUAAAAGUAGUUAAUGUAAGGCAGUGAGAAAUACUGCUGGUACCUGAGGAGGCAGGGGAAUGGGCAGGCUGCUGUGGGCAUUUUAUCUUAAGAGCUGCUGAAUUCACCAAGCUCCCAGACAUUUAUUUAGGUUAAGAAUUUCUCUAUUUUGCUUUUUUUUUUUUUUUUUAAUUGCUUGAAAAAUCAAAUUGGCAGUAGAGGAGCAAAAGUACACCAGCUGUGUGUGUGCGCUCCUCUCCUCCCCUUCCUACGUGCUGGAAAUGAUAGCCAGUCUGUGCCCCGAAUCAAUCUCUUUAUCCUAGCAAUGUAUAUACUUAACGCUCAGUACUCACUAAUGAGCUUUGGAUUCCUGAAUCAAGGAGCACAGCUACCAAGUGGCUAAAUAAGCCCGUUGAUUGGAGAUGUUACCAAGGACCACAUUUUUCUAGAAUAAGUAAUAGGCCACUGAGGACUCGUUGUGUAAUACUGCUACCAGGCAGACAUUUCAGUGGAUGUACACUGGAGGAAUGUGGCGUCUUUUGGAGCUGUUAGGGCAGGAAAUUAUCAAAGAAUAGUGAGAUACUACAUGAAUGCGGGAGCAACUUUAUGCAGUGAAUUCGUACAUGUGUCCUUGAAACCAUCACACAGAAUUAAGCCAAAAGUGUACUAAGUGUACUAGUGGAAGCAGACAAACUGACUAGGGCUGGGGACUGGCUGGCAUUUGCAAAACAGCCAGAAGAAUUAAUUUUUGUUGUGUAGCACUGAGGCUGCUAGAUAAUUGAGGGGGAUGCCUCCUAAAUGGCUGUGACCUCCUUUGGACGACAGAGAUGUGUUUGAAAAUGGAGGGGACAUGAGGAUGUGCUCAUUUCUCAUGCAAGAUGAAGUGGGAGGGAGACUACAGCUUGACUUGUAAGAUAGAGCUUCUGGCACAGAGAAGCAUUGCAUGGGUGUUGAGGCUGUGGACCUGAGUAAGUAAGCUGUCAGAUUAUAUUUAGCAGAUAUACACUGCAGAAAAGCGCAGAGAAGGAGGGGAACUAAAGCAUAGCUGGGCUCCGUGGGUAGUGAGCACACAGAGCAAGGAAUGAGGCUAUUUAGAGAAUGAAUUGCCUUGGUGCUUCUGAUUCAAAUAAAUCUCUGUGUGAGGCCAGGGUUGUGCACAGACCUGUAUGAUGUUCCUGAACAGCAGAGCUCAGCUUUAUUUACCCUUUAGUAAUAGCUCAGCUACAGAUGCUUAGGUGAAGGGUGACCAGCCCGUGGCCUUUGAGCCAUUCACCUCUUGCCCCACAGGAGGGUUGUCUCCUGCAGCAAUACCAUUACCUGGAUGUGGAAGCAGUAGGGGCUCUUGAAACCAACGUUGCAGCUGCUGUACACCGCAGCUGCUCACAGUGCUAAAGAGACAAAUGUGGAAAAAAUAAAUAUCUUGUAUGAGACAGAUUAAACCCUAUAUGCUGGUUGAUGUGUAGUAGUUGGUUGUUUGGAUCCUGUUUUGUAUUCCAGGGCUACAUUUUGUCCUGAAUCUCUGCCUGCUCAUGAGAUGAUAGCCCCAGUGCAGUAAGUUGGCCUGAUGUGGGCUGCCAGAGGAAGGGAAGGUGUGUUUUUCUUGGGUAUGUCCAUCAUAAAAUCAUAAAUAAUGGAGCUUUCUCAUGAUUAGACUCCUGCUUUCAUUAUGGUCCCAAGAUGUAGGAUUGCAUGCACAUGAUUUCAGAAAUCUGCUCAUACAUAGGGAAGGAAUAGAGCUGCAAAGAGACAGCUUGUCUCAUGUGAGAAAUCUGUGCCAGAUGUGUGCAGUGACCCUAUGCUACCUGAGAAUCAGGUCACUGCUUUAACUGUGAAGAGCGACCUUAUGCUGAUCUGCGAGUAGUUUGCAAAUCACACCAAUGCAGGGUGGUGCUUUUAAGUGCUCUGGUGGAAGAGCUGGAGAAACGUAUUUUUCAUAGCUAGACAGGUAAGCUGAUUUUGGUGGGGUGAUCAGGUAUCCACCAGUAAGGCUACAUGCCCACAGAAACAUUUAUGUUUAUAUUCUUUUCAAAGAGUUAAAUCCUGUGCAAGACAAGGUGGUGGAAAGAGGGGAUGUCUUCUUGGGACCUCAAGUAAAAUGUUUUUAAGCCAGCAUAUAGAUGUCAGCUUUCAUUGUGCAGCAUCCUAAUCAUCUGUGGGAAAGGAAAUGUGUGGCAGUCUGCAGCCAGAGAGAUAAGGACGAGGUGGAGGAGCUGUGUUUUGAUCAGUGCCUUGUGGUUUGAGAAACAAUGAGUCCAAUUCGGGUAACUUGAAAAGGAGCAAAAGUUAACGUGCCUGCAAGUAUGAUAUUAAAAAAAAUAAUAACAUAGAAAAUCCCAUAGCCCAACAAAUAGCAAACUAAGUAGAGCUGUGAAAGUUAUGUGGACAAAGUUGGAGUUCCAGGGUAAUAAGUAAAAAUGGUUAGGUGAGGAGAAAAAGUUCAUAACUUACAGUUGUGGGAGUGGGUUUCUUUGUGUUUGUAUUUGUUGUUGAAGAGUGCAAGUAGUAAGGCUAUUGUUGGAAUAACCUGAGUAUUUCACUUGUGACUGAUGUUUGCAAUGCAUCUAUCACACAAUGUCUUGUUUUGCACUGUUAUCAGCCAAAGCAGGCUGGCUGGGGGAGAGAGAAUAUCUCGUUCUCCUGCAUUUUGUAUCUUCCCUGCAUGCCCAGUUAGGAGCCCGAGUCCCACCAAAUCAAUGCCUGAACACUCAGAGACAUUAGCAAGGACAGGAUUUCAUGCUCAUAGUCUUUAGUGGGAGAUUCAAAUGCAGAAAGCAGAAAUGGGUCAUCCUCUACCUUUGGCUCUGCCAGCUUACGUGGGAGAAGAAUUUGGCCCCUUGUGUUCAAAAUGAUUUAGAUCUGAAAUACUUGCUUUUCUGCUACAGCUCAGCCCUGUGGGGAUGCACGUUCUCUGCAUGACUUGCCACAUAAAUGCACAGAAUCUAGGGUACAAAAAAAAAAACCCAGAAAUCUAAAAUGUAGAUUCUUCCUAAAAGCAUAAGAAGUUGCAUCCCUGAUAUAUUUAUUGAGUCUUCAUGAAGGAAAGAGUCAGAAUAGAUGUUAGAAGCAAAAAAAAAAAAAAAAAAAAAA